AUGUCUGCUCUAGCAUCUGGGAAAGCUAUUAAGAAAGCCGGAAAGGCCCAGAAGGCCGUUCCACGUGGUGACAAGAAAAUGAGGGAAAAGCCCAGGAAGGAAUCUUUCGCUAUUUACAUCUACAAAGUUCUCAAGGAUGUUCAUCCUGACACUGGUAUUUUCAGUAAAGCAAUGUCCAUCACGAAUUCCUUCAUUAACGACAUCUUUGAGAGAAUUGCAGCAGAAUCGUGUCGUUUAGCUCAUUACAAUAAGAAGGGCACCACUACCAGCCGAGAAAUUCAAGCUUCGGUACGAUUUUUGUGGCCUGGUACUUUGGCAAAACAUGCUGUUGCGGAAAGUACUAAAGCUGUCGCCAAGUACACCAGCUCGAA